AUGGUCUCUUUCUCUCAAGUGCAGCAAACCAACGCCUCGGCUGCUUCAAAGCUUCCAGCCGGUCUCGUCGCCGUCUUCGCUGGUGCCACAACAGGUAUUGGCGAGACAGCCCUCAAAGCAUUUACCAGAUACACUACACGGCCCAAGAUCUAUUACAUCGGCCGCUCUCAAGAAGCGGGUUAUAGACUACAAAAUGAGUUGAAGGAGUUGAACCCCGAAGGAGAAUAUGUCUUCAUCAAGAAGGACAUGAGCUUGUUGAAGAAUGUGGAUGAGGUUUGUCAGGAUAUCAAAAGCAAGGAAACAGUCUUGAAUGUUUUGUUCUUGAGUCAGGGGACACUCAGAAUCGAUACCGAAGAAGGACUGCCUCUAGUCACCGGCCUAGCUAUCUACUCUCGCAACCGUCUCGCAGUCAAUCUCCUCCCAUUGCUGAAGAACGCCCCGUCUCUUCGUCGUGUAAUAAGCGUCAUGGCUGGUACACACGAAGGCAAGCUCUUCUCUGAUGAUAUAGCAGCUCGCAACAUCCCCUUCACUAGCAUUCACCGCUCCCGAGGCCACAUGUGCUCAGCCCUCACUCUCUCCCUGGAAGCACUGGCUCGUCAAGCACCAGAAGUUUCCUUCAUUCAAAACUUUCCUGGCUCUGUUGAUACAAACCUAAUCCGCAGCGGAGACGGCUUCAUGAUGCAGCUUGUGAAGUAUUGGUUCAAGGUCAGCAUGACUGUCAGGAGACAGUGGUUACCUAAAGAGGAGUGUGGAGAGAGACAUGCGUGGUUGUGUUUGACUGGGAGAUAUCCUGAUAAAGAGGGUAGUGAGAAUGGUAUCAAAGAAGAAGAAGUUUCUGUUGGUACUAAUGGGAAAAAGGGAAGUGGUGUUUAUAGUGUUGAUUGGGAUGGUGAGAGUGCUUCGGGUGAAGUUGUCAAGCUGCUUGAUGGAUUCAAGGAGGAAGGCCUUGUGGAAAAGGUCUGGAGAGACCAGGAGAAAGAAUUUGUCAGAAUUACUAGUACAACUUCUAUCUAG